AUGGGCCGAGUGCUGUCGAUCGAGAACCAGCUGCUCUCGUGGGUUAUGGCGCUUCCGAACAACCUUCGUCAAUUAUCGUUGCAAGACUUACGCGAGGAAGUUGGGCAAUCGGACUCCCAGCCGCGGCUGUUUCCCCUGAAGUUUCGGGUAAUCCUCACACUGCGAUAUCUCCACAUCCAGAUCUUGCUGCAUCGGCCCAUUCUAGUCAAAUUUCUUGAUGCUAGCCACGCGUCCGGUCUGGAACCCGGCGAAGAGCGGGUUUUAAAUGAAAUUGGCUAUAGUAGCAUGAAGAAGUGCGUCGAAUCGGCCAUGGGUAUUAUCGACAUGAUCCACGAGCUAGUCUGUGCGACAGGGUGGCAGCGCGAUCUUCUUGGGGCGUGGUGGUACUCUCUUUAUUACAGUAAGUUGCCCUCCUUGGCUUUCCUUUGGAUUUGCGAGUAUCUCAUCACUUUGUCUCCCGGGAUAGCCUUCAAUGCGGCACUGGUCAUUAUCGGGGCCACCUGGGUACAGCGCACAAGGCAGUCGGUCCGAGAUUUCCCGUCACAUCAGCUUGCCAACAUCGAGCUCUAUCCUGGUCGCGCCGUCGCAACUCUGCGUCAACUGGAUAUGGGUAAUCGGAUGGUGGAUCGCUGCAGGUACUACCUUGAGCAGCUGAUAUCCAUCCUCCAUUUAGAGCCGGAGAAUUCAACCGACACGGCCCCCAUUGACCUUGGCCUGGCCGCCAUGGGCAGCUCCACCACGGACGGGUCCGGCAUUGGAACGUUGGUAGGCUGCGCCAUCAUCGACCACACCUGA